UGAUUGAAGUGCAGAAAUGUGAUGGGUCAUCUCCCAAGGAAGACUAAUUAUCAGGCAAAAUCACUCUGAGAAAAACUGCUCUUGGUAUGAACAGUUUCCAUUCUCAUCUGCAUAAGACUCUGUGAGAUGGCAGUAGCCAUCGAUCCACAUCAUGGAUUCAAGCCGUUUAAUCGAUCCCAGAAAUGCAGACUCCAAUCCUUCACUCAGUUUGACUACAACAUUCUUGAACUUAAUCAAACCAAUCUUGCCCACUCUUUAAAACAUGCUUUUGAAGUUGCUAAUAUUCACAGAAGUUUCUCCACCCCUUGCCUUUCUUUAGCUAAUAAUAUAGAAGACGAAUUUGACACCAAUCAGCAGAUUGAAAUUGUUGGCGGCAGAGGAGCUCCUCGAGUGCGUGCCCUUGUUGUUGAAGUUGCUAUAACUCUGGCUUCUAGUGUUGAACCAAUUCCAGUCUCAAGUGGCCUUGGUGGUGCUUACUUUUUGCCUGACCAAAAUGGUGACAUUAUUGCUGUGGCAAAACCAGUUGAUGAAGAGCCUUUAGCCUUCAAUAAUCCUAAAGGGUUUGGGGCCCUCAUGCCUGGUCAGCCUGGUGUUAAGCGUUCAGUUCGCAUAGGCGAAACUGGAGUCCGAGAACUUGCUGCUUAUCUUCUUGACCAUGAUGGGUUUGUUGGUGUUCCUCCCACAGCUUUAGUCAAAAUCUCACCAGUUGGGUUCAAUGUAAAUGAUGCAUCACCAAUUACAAACAAACCCUUUAAGAUUGCCUCGCUUCAACGCUUUGUGGAUCAUGAAUACGAUGCAGGCGAGAUAGGUUCUUCUAGCUUUUCAGUAGCUUCAAUUCACCAGAUUGGUAUUUUCGAUGUAAGAGUUCUAAACCUUGAUAGGCAUGCCGGAAACAUGCUUGUUAAAAAACAUAGUACGCAUGAAAAUUAUGGUGGUGAGACAGCAGAGCUUGUGCCCAUAGACCAUGGAUUAUGCUUGCCUGAGUGGCUUGAUGAUCCAUAUUUUGAAUGGCUGCAUUGGCCUCAAGCCUCCGUACCCUUUUCGGAUUCUGAACUUGAGUACAUUAGCAAUCUUGAUCCAUUAAAAGAUGCAGAGAUGUUAAGAACCGAACUUUCUUCUUUAAGGGAGUCAUCGAUCCGGGUAUUUAUCCUUUGUACCAUUUUCCUGAAGCAAGCUGCUACUGCUGGCCUUUGUCUAGCUGAAAUAGGUGAAAUGAUGACUAGGAAGUUUUGUGGUGACGAAAAUUUGAGUGUGUUAGAGACUUUCUGUGCAAGAGCUAAGGAAAAAGUAAGGAAUAAAUUAGACGAGGAGGCGGAAGACGAGAAGAACAAUGAUGAGAACAUAGACAAACAAGAAUCUGAAAUGUUUCAAUUCGAUAUUGAAAAUGAGGACAUUUCCAAUGAUGCUAUGGAUCUUCCUCAGCUCUUACAGAGCCCACCUGACACGUCUAAUCAUAUCAAAGCCGCAAGUUUCUUAUCCGUAAGAUCAAUGCCGCAGCUACAAGAGGCUGCAGUGUCUUCCUUAUACGAGGAAAACAUCCCUUGUUAUGACGAUGACAAUGAAAAUAAUACAAAAUGUAUCAAAGAAAAGGGUGGUAAUGGUGGAAGUGAAAACAACAAAGCAGGAGGAUUUGCAAAGAGCAUGAGUUUCUCAGCGAAAAGUUACGAUGGUGAAAGCGGGGGAAUCAGUUUUGGAGAGAUGAGCGAAAGUGAAUGGAGACUGUUCUUGGAAAAAUAUGAGGAGGGUUUGCCUCAAGUAUUUGAAGAAACAAAGUGCAUGAGAUUGAAACAAAGGUUGGGAACUUCGUGCAAGUUCUGAGGAAGAUGCCAAGGGGGAAAAAGACUGACUUUAUGAGAUGGGAACACUUUAAGGGUUUGUAUUUUAUCAAGUUACUGUAAAAUUUGCCCGGAUGACCAAACUAGCUUAGAUUGAAGAUAUUUAUCCAUAUAUUUACAUAAUUUAGUAAGAUACCAUAUGGGAAAUGGGAUAGGCAAAACGCCAUCCUUUCCCACGAUUGUUUUUCUUUCUUUUGUGUUAUCAGUCAUUGUUCUUUAAGAUCGAAGAAGAAUAACCAAUUGUCCGUUUGAACAUCA